GUCCUUCUGAGAGAAAUCCCAGAGCUCCAGAACUACAUUGAUCGAAGCCAGCUACCAUGGUCACUGGGUGGAUACCUCAUGUACCGUCAUCAGAGCUGGGUUACCUUCAUUAAGGAGAUCGAUGCGUUUGUCCAGGAGUUUGUGUCUGUAGUCCAGCGGCUGCCUUCAUGCAUCUCUGCACUGCAGGCUCUGUCCAGGCUGCCACUGCCCACCACCGUCAGCGAGCUCCGGCAAUUCUGCUUCGGCACUGAAGCCAAGUUUCAGCAGCUCAGGAGGGAGUUGGGGCUGGAGGAGCUACUGAGGAACUGUGAGAGCUUGGUGGGGAAGCUGCGUUGGCCUGACAGGGAGCCGUGCUUCCAGGACAUGGCUGGAACUGCCCUCUUCACUCAGAUGGCCUUUGAUAUGCUCCAGAACCACAGCAGGAUAACUGCUGCUGUGGAAAAAGUGGAGUUGCUGUGGCAGGAGCUGUUUUCUAAAGCUCGUUUAAGGCUACGUGUGUUCCAGUUGCGUGAUAAUGCGCUGCAGGUUUCUGAGAAGAUUGAAACUCUUCUUCGAGAGAAGAUCCAGCCCUUCAAAGUAGAGAUUGCCAAGGACCCUACAAAAGCUGUGAUUCUGGUGUCUGAAUUUGAAGCAUCCAUCCACACUCCUGCUAUGGCACUUGUUCGCUGGGCUGAAGAUGUAAUCCAGACUUCAGCAGAGAUUCUCCCCUUGGACAGUCAGCCCAAAGGGAGCUGGGCUGCAGAUCUGGAGAGGCUGAAGGACAAACUUGACUCUGCCGUGAACUUGAUUCUGCAAACCCUCAGAGCAGUUUCCAGCUACCAUCGCUACUACAGCAAGGCCAGCUGCUGGUACAGUCUGGUCCUUUGCCAGAACUUCCUCCAGGAGCUCCUGUCGGGUGUUCGUGAAGAGGCUUCCUCCAUCCAGCUGCAGCAGAAGAACUGGGGGAUGAUGCCUGGGUGGAGAUGGAGGCUGUCCACUUUUCUGAAGAACAAUCCCCCUCCAGAAAUGGAGGAGCUGCUCCAUCUGUCUCAUUUGGCAAAUGCAAUCCCAGAUGAUGAGAUCCAGCAGACGGGGAAACAGAUGUCUCAAAGGUGCUUGACACUGAGGAAACUUCUAAGCUCUUCAGGACCAGUGGCUGUCGAACAACUCCAGAUGGCCCUACAGUGGCAGUAUGAGUUACUGAGGGGCAACCAUGUGAAUCUCUUAUCUGCUGAUUCUACCACGUCAAAACCUGUGCCACACCAUGUUUCAGAGUCAAACCUCGCUAAAUGUAAAGGGGGUAAAGAAGCUGCCCAUGUCUUUGGAACAUCUCCCUUGACCGGAGGUUCAGGGUUGGUGUCAGCUACGGGCAAACCGUCCUCCCCGUUUGCUGCAACCAGAGACUUUGCAAUACCUGCCUCAAGCCCACCUCAAAUCCAUGACAUUAUUUCCAGUGUUUCAGAUUGUAGGGCUCACAGAGAGGAGCAUGACUUGGGCUCUAUAGGAAACUCUCCUAAAGCUGAUUUGCUGAAUCAGUUUGAGAUCAAAGUAAAGCGCAUAGCUGCUGUGUCCAGUAACCCUUGGCUUAGCUUGCCGGUAGAGGAUUUGGAAAACUCUUACACUGUCAGCAGCACACAAAAUCCAGCACCUCAAAAAGUUGAUCACAAUUCUUCAGAUGAGCAUGUCAAUGGCACCCAGGCUAGCAGGUCUCAAAUUCAGCCUACACCAGAAGUUUUAAGGAGCACAGAACCCAAAGGAUCACAGAGCAGGAACUGGAUAUUACAUCCACAAAGUUGUGUGGAACAUCCUGAACUAAGUCCAAUUUGCAGUGUUCUCUCCAGCACCGUUAUUGAAGGAAAAGACAAAUCCAUCUGUUCCACAGAGGGGGUUCCUACUCUACUCUGGGAUUCUUAUGACCUCCAUGACCAAAAUCAAGAUGAUGACGACGACGACGAUGAUGGCGAGUUGUCCAUGAAAGACUGGGAUGUGAAGGAAGAGGAAGGUCUGAGGGAAGUGGAGAAUAUAUUGGACAAGGCUGAUGAAAUAUUAGAGGAGGAGGAAAAUGUUCUGGCUCAGGAAGCUGUGCUAGAUGCACUGCUGAGGACAGAGGACAGGCAGGGUGUCUGGCGAUUGUGUGAUGGUGAGGACCAGCUUGAUACGAUGUCGUCCUACGAGCUGGCUGAAGCUGGUGUUCUUUGUUUCGAUGACUGCGUUGACUCUGCAGAAUCUGACGGUUUCAUUGACCUCGUGUCGGCUGAGUCUGCACGUGAAACUAAAGCUAAUGCGGAUGGGCUUUACAGUGAAGCUCCAACAGUAUCUGAAGUAUCUGACAGCAGGCCAGACCUGCUGAUGGAACUGAGAAAAGUUCAUAUCCUGGACGGGUUAAUCAUGGAAGAGAACUUGCAGAUCAACAAGUUUCGAUGCAGUAAAGAGAAACUCAACACUGAGCUCUCGGAGAGCAAACCUGUGGGUACAAAUGUGUUACUGACUUCACGCAAUGAGAGGGAGGCUUCACAUUUGCAGCUGGAAAAGGAGAAGAGGGAGGUAGAGGAGCUGGAGAAGGGUAUAGAAAAGGAGUUUAAAGCGAAACAGAAUGAGGAUAUUGAUGAAAGGUUUAAAAAAUGUUCUAUAACUGAAAGGCCUAGAAAAGAACAUGAUGAUCGAGUGCUCUGUGAUCUCUUUCCCAAUGGUUCUGGAAGAUCAGUCGCCAGCCUUGCCAUGGAUGGGUCUGCGAAUACACGUGUGACUAAAAUUAUUGAAGAUGUUUCAGACCUUAAGGAACCCUCAGAAGAGGCAGGUGUCCAAUCGCAAAACAUCAAUGGGGAUGAAUUGGCCAGGUCUGCUAGUUUAUGCAGUCCAGAAGCAUCUUUAAUCCCUGAAUUGAGGGUAGAUGAUGGCACCUUUGACCCAGGUGGAAAAUCACUCCUUCCCCCUGUAACUAAGCCAAGAAAGUCUUUGCUUCCUGUGAAUGAAGCCCGUGCUGAACUCGAAGCUCCUCACUCCACAGAGGUGUCCUUAGAUCAUUAUUUUGUAGGUGAAGGCCAACUUCAUCUACAAAAUGAAGUACUUGAAGAGCUGCCAGAGAAUGUGCCUCCAGACACCAGCCACAGCUUGGUUUCCAGUCCAAAUGUAACACAUGAAAACAAUAACCAUGUACCCCCAGAGAACUGUUGGGCAUCAUUACAGUGCUCGUCUGAAAUAAUGAUUAAAAAUGAAAAGAUGCCCACAUCUUUACUCAAACUACAUGUGCAGUCAGCAGAGGAAAUCCACACUUCACCUCCUGCAGAUGACCACCAACUUGAUCAGCAGUCCCAAGUGACUGCUGAUCAGCCUCUAGAGUUUGACUCAGGUGAAAGAGACGAACCAAACGAAAAGCUACCAGAUGGUGUUCAGAGCUCUGAGGCUCUGAGAAUCUCUGGGUCACCUGAAAGUCAGAUCCAGUUUUAUAGCACCAUGACAGAGAUGGCAGAUUUCAAGAGUCCAAUUGUACUGGAUUCAGGCUCUGGUUUGAUAAAGGCAGGAUUUGCAGAUCAAGACCUACCAAGCAUUAUAUUCCCCACAAUAAUUGGGGUGCCAAAGUAUGAGGAAGUACUGAAUGGUAACCUUGAAAGAGAGGCCUACAUUGGUCACGAUGCAGAACACAUGAGAGGGGUUUUGACUCUGAAGCACCCCAUAAAGAAUGGAAUCAUUCACAACUGGGAUGAAAUGGAAAAGAUCUGGCAUCAUACGUUCCAGCAGCUGCGUGUGGAACCAGAAGAUCAUCCGGUUCUUUUGACUGAAGCGGCCAUGAACCCCCUGAAGAAUCGGCAGCACGCGAUUGAGAUCAUGUUUGAGUGUUUCAACGUGCCUUUCACCUAUGUAGCCAUGCAAGCAGUGCUAGCGCUCUACGCAGCGGGAAGAACCACUGGUGUGGUGUUUGACUCUGGGGAUGGAGUGAGCCACAGUGUGCCUGUGUUUGAGGGAUACUGUCUACCUCAUGCUGUGCAACGCUUUCCCCUGGCUGGAUUAGAUGUUACACUGCAUCUUAAAAAGCUUCUCCGGGAACAGGGAGUGUGCAUGCGUACCACAGCAGAGGAGGAGAUAGUGAGGGAGAUGAAGGAGAAGUGCUGCUGUGUCGCUCUCAACUAUGAAGAUGAGCUAAAUCGGGGGCAGUCAUCCUGCAGAGAGAUGCAUUACACCAUGCCAGAUGGGCAGAUUAUUACCCUCAGCACAGAGAGGUUCAGGGCACCUGAGAUUCUGUUCAAACCUGAGCUGAUUGGACGGGACCAUUAUGGGAUGCACGAAAGCAUCUAUAGGUCAAUCCUUAGCACAGACAUUGACCUGAGGCGCUGCUUCCUGGGAAACAUUGUACUUUCAGGUGGGAACACUCUGCUGCCCGGCCUGCCUGAGCGACUGCAGGAUGAAAUCAAAGGCCUGCUACCCUCAGACAUGGGGGGCAGUGUUUGUGUAACCAGCCCCAAAGAUAGAGACUCCUCAGUGUGGAGAGGAGGAGCAGUGUUGGCAAAUAUGCCUACCUUUACCUCUGCAUGGAUCAGUCAGGAAGAAUAUGAGGAGUAUGGACCGCAGAUAGUCUUCAGGAAGUGCUUCUGAAUCGACUGUGAAAGGCUGAUGGCUCAUUUCAUCAAUGGUGCCACUGGCUGCUGAGCCAGCGGGACUCGGCUGUUGUCCCUCUCUGUGGAAUCUUUUGUUGUGUUUUUCUUAAUUUUCUCUCCCCUGUUCUUUAGUGGAGGUUUCCUGCUUACACCUUGUGCACUUCCUAUACAGCCCACUAACACGGCAAUAAGGACGUUGAUCAAAACAUUCCAAUCCUUACUAUUGUCGUUGCUAUCACUAUAAAACCUCUAAGUGUGUCUUAAAUUCUAAAUUUCUGUGUCCCAAGAACUUAAGCUUAAAUAUAUUCAUGUUCUGUGAUUAAGGGGCUGAAACUGAAGCUGCCCUUUAAUUCAUGUCUGUCUUUGUUUCCAGAAUAUGCAAUUGAGAAACAUGAAGAAAUUUUGAUGUGUCAGCUUUAAAUUGUGCAUUAAUCUGAUACUGUCAAAAACCUUAUUUAUUGUUUUUUGCUUUUUAUGUGAAACAUGAUACUUGGUUUUACACAUGGUAGUCCAGCUGUAAUCUGUUGUGGUUCUUUAUGCACUGAAUGUUGAGUAUUAAGGCCUCUGCAGAAUUUAUUCUUAAAGCUUCUGCAAUUAGGGAUUUGUCACAAUGCAACUUUUAAUGAUUCCUUUAGUUAAUACCACAUUUUCGUUGUAAUAUGACUCAGAUUGUCAUCAUAACACAUGACAGAAUAUAUUUGUUUUUAAUUUUAUUUUCUGUGCAGAAUCCCUUGAAUGGAGUGGCUCCUAAUACUCAUCAGAUGGGUGCAGUGUACAUGAGUUUUUCCUGAGGUCAUUGUUGGUUCUUCUCAGACCUCGUUGCACGUGUUGCUCUGGUACAUUGUGAACUCUAUAUAAUUUUUCAGUGUGGUGUAUUUCCAGCGAGUGUUUUUUUU